UAUUUUUAAGUUUUCGAAUAUUUUUAUUGCAAAAUUUGUAUUGUGUUUGGUUCCAAAUUGUUUGUGAGGGAAAACUGUAAAAUUAAUAAAUUUAAAUGGCAUUCAGCAAUAACGGUAUAGAUUUUGAUUUUCUGCUCACGGAGGAUUUCCUGCUUUUUCUCGAUCUUUGCCGUGAUCCCAAUCAAGUCUUCAGACCCAACUCAGACGAAAGCUGCUUGGCACAAAAUUGGUUGGACAAGCUGUGCCGUUAUGAGUGCGCCGACUUGGAAGAGCGACGAUUGCGUAACAUUUACAUGAGCUAUUUGUGCUGCUGCCUCAUAGAGGGUGUUUUGAAAGGACCUUUCGCAAAUCAGCCGAAUAAUGGACGCUUGCAAAUGACGAACUUUAACGCCACGAAGAAGCAGGCACUCUCUUGUCCCGUUGUGUGCAAAGAAAGAAGACACUCGGUAUGUGAGGAUUCGAAAUCCAUUCGCUUUUCAGAUAAUUGCGAACAACAACAAUUGGGCAGUUGCUUUAGUAAUGCCAUCAAUGUAGGCGGUAGCGCUAAUUGUGAAGUCAUGCGUUGUCCACCCGAGGUACGAUUUGGUCCGAAUAUAAAAUGCGAACCGGAUAGUACGAAUGGUAGUAGUACGAAACGUUCGUCGGCCAAUGUUUUUAGCAAUUAUAUGCUUCGUGAAAUUACAUCGCCGAGUGCAUAUAAUUCAUUUGCGUCCCACCGUAACAGUGGACCGUGCGAUUUGUGUGAGAAUUACGAUCCCUAUGCACAUGCGAAGGAGUCCCUGCGGCAGGAUGUGGCCGCCCUACUGGAGGCUAUCCAGGGAGAGUUGAGCGGUUACGUCGAGAGUGGCUGCAAUAAGUAUUUGGAAAGUGAGUUAUUGCGUUAUAAGAAUUUCAUCAUGAAUUUCUCGAGCAUCGCUUGUGUUCUGAAUAAUUUGAAGUCGCAGCCGGCGCUGCGUUCGUUUUUGUUAAUUAAUUUGCAAAAUGAUUUAAUCAAAUUAAUAAGUGAUGGUUGCAUUUAAAUGGAAGUUCUCAAGCCUCAAGCCUCAAGCCUCGUGGAUUUUCACUGAAAAAAGGAACUCAUUUUUUCAUCUAAAAUUAUAUUACAGUUAUGUUUUAAAAUUCUUUGAUGUUCUCCAUGUGAUAAAGUGGCCUUUAUAUGUUCAUAUGGGACAUCACUUAGUGUUUUUAAAAAUAAAUAUUUCAACGUGAGUUUCACUCUUAAUCAUUGACAAA